UGUGGAGUUGUAGAACGCGUGGGCCGCUGGUUUCCAUUCAUUUAAGGUGCGAUUAAGUGUCUGCAGUUCGCGGGGCGCAGUCAGUCGACACAGAUGCGGCGAUGAUUACACGUAUAUAUAACGAACAAUGGAGCCCGAGGCGCUAGAACGGACAGUUUAAUGAGUGCAUUGAGCUCGCGCAGGAAGUGAUGUCUGCAAGUUUCGGGGAGAGCCACGCAUCUGCAGUUAACGGUUCUUAGCGGUUACCAUCUGUUUUAACGUUGCCAUGGCAAUUCACAUUAUAUUAGCGACAGCUUUCGUCUUCUUGGGAUGUUGCACAAACGUCUUCUUCCUCGAACUGUUGGUCAAAGAGCAUCCAGGAUGCACCAAUCUGAUCACCUUUUCACAAUUUCUCUUCAUCGCCUUAGAAGGAUUCAUAUUUACGACGAAAUUCGGCAAGAGACGCCCGGUCAUUCCACUCAAACAUUAUGUCACGUUGGUCGUCAUGUGUUUCUUGGUCAGCGUUUCUAACAAUCAUGCCCUUUCGUACGACAUAUCGAUGCCCCUGCACAUGAUCUUCAAAUCUGGAUCACUUAUCGCAAACAUGGUCUUAGCCAUCAUUUUACAAAAGAAGAGGUACCCACUCUUCAAGCACCUUGCAGUGUAUAUGAUAACACUUGGCAUUGUUAUAUGCACCAUAGCUUCAGUGGGUGGCGGCAAGGCGAAAGAAGCGGGGACGGCCAAGAUAGAGGAAGGCAGCGUUUACACCAAAUGUGUCGGCAUAGGACUUCUUUUGUUUGCGCUGUUGCUGUCGGCUCGCAUGGGUAUUUAUCAAGAGACUCUGUACGCCCGCCAUGGCAAACACCCUCGUGAAUCUCUCUUCUAUGUACACGCUCUGCCCCUGCCGGGGUUUCUCCUUCUCGUGCCCAACAUUUAUUCGCAUGCCGUGCUCUUCAACCAGUCCGCACCGCUGCCUUUCCCCAUGUUGGAAAGCAUACCAAGGUCCUGGAUAUAUCUCCUUCUCAACGUCAUCACUCAAUAUGUGUGCAUCCGGUCAGUGUACGUGUUGACGACAGAAUGCUCGUCGCUGACUGUGACGCUGGUGAUCACACUGCGCAAGUUCGUCUCACUGCUUUUGUCCAUCUACUAUUUCCAAAACCCGUUCACAAUUACCCACUGGUUCGGCACUGCACUCGUGUUCACAGGAACACUGCUGUUCACCGGAGUGUUGUCACCGGCGCCGGCAGUUACAGAGCCGCGUUUGAAAACGCAGUAGGGCACCGUUGUGCCUUCAGUGUUCAUCCUGCUGUGCUGGGUGUGGCUUUGCCGUUUCCUGCGAUGGCGAUAUCCAAGCUCGUACUCUUGUCUCAGUGACAAGACAUGAUUAUAGUGCCUUCCAUCGCUCACUCGUCGCUUAUACCCGUAUAAUGAUUAUAAUGAUGUUAUAAUGAUUAUAUAACUGUUUUAGCCCAUUUGGGAACAAUAGUAGAAUGUUUAUUGUAAAGAAGAAUGUCUGCACUAAUCCUAGUUUAAUCUUUGGACUAAUGUGGCAGUACACUGAAGUCGAUCACCAAAGAAUAGAUCAGCCCUUUCAGUUGGCUAAAUAUUUUCGUUGCACUAGGUACUUGUAGUUCACGAAACGAGGUGCGUUAUGCAUUAUAUUGCAUGCAGCAGGCCAAGGCUCAAGCUGUUAAAAGUAAAACCUUGAUGCCUUAUUGGUGAACAAGAAAGAGGUACUUUUUCUAAAGAAGUUGCUUGCUGCUCUGCACUACUGCUUCACAUGAAAGUUGUUUUUAGUGAACUGUUUUUCAUAGAAACAUGACGGUAUUAUUCUUCCAGAAUAAUACCUUCCCUUUUGCUGAAUGGAAUUGAAUGGGUGAAAAUUGAGUGCAUUCUCUGCAGAUGGGUCAAAGCAAGCUCUGUACUCGGAUUGUUGCAUUGAUGAGAGAGCUUGGUGUUUUACAACUUUUCUGAUUUGACUACAUGCUUCUUUACUAACAAAUCUUGCAAGAAAGUUAUUUUAGGGGUUCGUUUUGCUAGCGUUUUGAAGCUGCACUUGAAACUGCGCAUUCUGCGUGCUAUCUGCAACAAUGUUAGAUAGCUAUGGUUUGCUGAAUGAAGGGAACAGUGACAUUAUAAACAAUUUCGCACUGGAUUUCUUAUAGCAUCGGUCACUUCCCAGACAGUGGACACAGCCAUUCUUUGUAAAAAGUACUCCGAGGUACCAGCUUUACAUAAUGUGCUAUGCAUGUAUAUGUACAGGACAGCUAGUAGUCUACCCGGAAGACCGAAACGUGCACUGUGACCUCUCAGCCACAGUUAGUUCACUUUACAAACAGAGGAAUCUUUUCAAUCUGUGAUGCUGUACAACUUCUCGAAUCGCUCAAGCUGACCAUGUCAAAUCCGGCGUAUGAUUGAAAGUGCUGGGCGCAAGUUCAGUGGCAUACAAUGACAUCAAAAAUGAAAAAGUUAUGGUUGACGCUAAAGGCUUAGGUGGAAUGGAAUAAAGCCACAUAUGCAGUAUUACAAAUGUGGGCAUCAUUCAAACGCACGUCUUCAUCGAUAUCGCAGGACUGUCGCUUUUGAGGAGUGCAAAGCCACACCCAGUGAUGGUUCUUAGAGGGAGGCAUCAUGUGCUUAAAAUCAUGUACAUUAAAAUAAAAGCUCCUUUUACAAGCUUUACAAA